AUGCAGAAUGGUAAAGCGGUAGCCUACACUUCGCGACAGUUGAAAAAGCAUGAGAAGAAUUAUCCUGCCCAUGAUUUGGAAUUGGUUGCUGUGAUUUUUGCUUUAAAAAUUUGGCGUCAUUACUUGUAUAGUGAGAACUGUGAUGUCUUCACUGAUCAUAAGAGCUUGCAAUACAUCUUCAAGCAAAAGUCCAUAGGCACACUAGCAUAUUUACGUGCUCAGGAUAUGCUGAUGGGUAGGGAAAUUCAAAGACUUUCUAGUCUUAGAGUUCGACUUGAUGAAACUGAGGAUGGGGAGCUAAUGGGAAUCACGCAAACGCGGGGUGAGUACUCUUCGUUCACCGUUGGAGCAGAUGAUGAUGUUCUAAGAUUGCAAGGGCGCUUAUGUGUCCCUGAUGUUGAUGGUCUUCGACAAGGGUUGAUGGUUCAAGCGCAUAGUUCUAAAUAUUCUAUGCAUCCAGGAUCUACCAAGAUGUAUAAGGAUUUGAAACAACGCUGUUGGUGGAAGAGCAUAAAGGUAGAUAUCUCUAACUUUGUGGCUAAGUGUUUGAACUGUCAACAGGUGAACCUCAUUAUGCAACGACUAAAGACAGCUCAGAGUCGACAGAAUUCUUAUACGGAUAUGAGGCGUCAUGAGUUAGAGUUUGUUGUUGGUGACACAUUCUUUUUGAAAGUGUUGCCAAUGAAGGGAGUGAUGCGGUUUAGUAGAAAGGGUAAGCUCAGCCCUCAUUUUAUUGGCCCAUAUGAGAUUGUUAGGAGAAUUGGGAAGGUGGCUUAUGAAUUGAAGUUACCGUCUUAG